UCUCUCUGUGUCUCUCUGGUACUAACAGGCAGAGUGAAGGCGGGCUGCUCCUUUUAUAUCCCGAUAUUCAGGUCUGCUGCGAUAUUGCAAAGGAGGCUCAAACAAAGAUUAAAUCAACAUGUCCACACCAUUUAAAAAGGAGUUAGAAAAGUAUCGAGAUAUUGAUGAAGAUGACCUUCUCCGGAAGUUAUCGGAAGAGGAGAUCCAGCAAUUAGAAGAUGAGUUGGAAGAACUCGAUCCUGAUAAUGACCUUCUACCUGUAGGAUUAAGGCAAAAAGAUCAGACAAAAAAGGCACCCACGGGUCCAUUAAAUAGAGAUCAGCUUCUGGAACACCUUGAGAAACAAGCGAAAGAGUGCAAAGACAGAGAGGACUUGGUUCCUUAUACAGGAGAAAAGAGAGGGAAACCUUGGAUUCCCAAAGAGAAGCCUGUCCAAACAGUAAUUGACAGUGUUACCCUGGAACCAGAGCUGGAAGAAGCCUUGGUCAAUGCCACUGAUGCUGAACUGUGUGACAUAGCAGCCAUCCUUGGUAUGCACACACUGAUGAGCAACCAGCAAUAUUAUGAAGCUCUUGCCAGUAGCACCAUAGUUAACAAGGAAGGUCUUAACAGUGUAAUCCAACCCACGCAGUACAAACCAGUUCCAGAUGAGCUGCCAAACUCUACAGAUGUGGAAGAAACCCUAAAGCAAGUUGAGGCAAAUGACCCUGAACUUGAGGAGAUAAACCUCAAUAACAUAAAGAACAUUCCCCUUGCCACUCUAAAAGCAUAUGCUGAAGCUUUGAAAAAUAAUACACAUGUGAAGAAAUUCAGCAUUGUAGGAACUCGAAGUAAUGAUCCUGUUGCUAUUGCAUUUGCAGAAAUGCUGCAAGUUAACAAAACAUUGAAGAGUUUGAAUGUGGAGUCCAAUUUUAUCACUGGCAAUGGAAUCCUGGCUCUAGUGAAAGCUCUCCAGUACAAUAACACAUUGCUUGAACUUAAAAUUGACAAUCAGUGUCAGCAGCUGGGUAAUAAAGUGGAAAUGGAAAUUGCAAAUAUGUUGGAACAAAAUCCAACUCUAUUGAAGUUUGGCUAUCAUUUUACCCAGCAAGGUCCAAGGCUUCGGGCCUCCAAUGCGGUGAUGAGCAACAAUGAUCUGGCUCGCAUUAAUCGAGCAGAUGGUUCCUGGUCUAGAUACUCAGCUUUGGAACUGGAGGAGAUAUAAUCAGGCAAAGCCGACUGCAGGGCUUCAAUGGCCCCAUCUUCCCCAGAUGCCGGACAACUGUCUAAUCUGUUUGUGAAGACUUCUGCCUCUAUAGCACACGCCCUAUACAGAUGGAUUCUACAUACACCCAAGAGGGCGUCUCCAAUUCUCUGCUGCGGCUCCAUUUUUUUUCUUUGUGUUAUAUGAUAGGAUGAUGUAUCUAAUUGAAGUUUAGUGUGAAGUCCAAUGGCAGAUGUCUAUAGAAAUAGCUUGUACAGAUUGUGGUGUAUUUUGUCUGACAGAAAAUAGCAGUAUGUGCAGUACAAAAUGGUUUCAAUUCAGUUAGUGCUGUGUGCGCGGAAGCUUGAAACCAUCAAUUCUAAUUUAUCCAUCAGUUGAGUACAUCCCUGAAUGGAUUAUUGGUUCUACCCAUAAUUAUAUUGUGCAUGUACAAGCUUGCUGUUCUAGGAUUUUCUGUAGAAACAUCGGUAACCUUUUUAUUUAUAUGACUUGACACCAGAGAAUUACCUCCUAGUGUAAACCCGCUGGACUGUUGUUGUGGGAACACAGAGUUCACACAUUAACUUUGUGGCAAUCAGAAAUGAAAUAAUGCACUGCUUGAGAAUUGUGUGCACCACCAUGCUGUCUGCUGAUUUUCAGAUUUUUCAUGUAACCAGCAUCUCUCUUGAUUUGGGUUACUUAUGAAAAAGGAUUUCAAAAAGACCCAGAAUGUUUUUGUUUUUAAAUCAAAAUAUUUAUUUUAGGUAGAUUUAAAAUCAUGGGAAUUUAUUUAAACGCUUGCUGUUUGAGAUAUCGGAUCCGAGGAGAUACAGCCUCUGUUUAUUCUUCACGUUACUGCAAAUGUUCUCAACACUGAGAAAUAAAGGGUAGGAAAUGGCUUGAAAUGAUUCAUAGGCUGUAUUUAAAAUAUCCAAAGUAACCUUUGCAAAGAUUUAUUUUUAAUUAAGCAGAGUCUGUUCUAGUUCAAAGCCAAAAUCUGUUCAGAUUUUGAAAGAUUCAUCAAAAUAAGUUAUUGUUUCAUUCAAUUGGCAAACUCAGACCAGACUGCUCACACUCACGGAGUUGUAUUCAGCAAUUCAUGGACACCAGGCUUCUAUUUUCCAUGAAACCAUUUAUUUCUAAAGCUGGGACAUUUUUUGUCUAAACAGAGAAUGAAUAAUUGAUUUGUUUAUAAAUUUCAGACUGGUUCCAGGAAUUGAACUGUGUGAUUAACAGAGCAAGCUCUGCCCAAAGCAGGUGAAAGUAUUGGUUUUAAAUCUACAAUGUUGUGGUUUUUUAAAAUGUAGAAUGUAUUGAUUCUUGCACUUUAUGAUAAAUAAAGCAUUACAAUUUUGGG